CGAGUUUUGGUGGCCAGUUUCAGUUUGGCUUCGAGUGUGCGCGCUGGAGGUUGUGCCUGCUCGGGUUUUGGAGUGCUACAUAUUCAUACCUUGAAUGCUGAGCGAUGAGGUCGUGGCCUGGCCUUCUCUGGCUGCUGCACCUGGCGCUCCUGGCGGAUGGAGGUCGUCGCGAGUCCCAGCUUAGGAUCGGCAAGGCCAUCAAUAUAUUCGCGCGCUAUGGCUACCUGAGCAUCUCCAUGAGGGUAAUACCCAUAAAUGAGCACGUGGAGCCGGAGAGGUGGUUGUUCAAGGAGCCCACCAAGAACGUCUACAGGAACCUCAGUGGCUUGGCAGAGAGCCAUGAGGACACCACGCCCGGCAUCUUCCACGGGGACUUUCACAUGGAGUUCUGCGAGAACCGGAGGCAGUUGUUCCAGGCCUACUUCCGUGACUUCUCCAUCGAGCGCAUGGACAAGCCGUGGGAGGCGUUCUCGGGCGGCUGGUUCAUGGAUAAUGCGGCCAGGAAGCUGGGCAUCAACACGUCCUUUAUCCAGGGCGAUUACUCGUACGUGCUGGUGAGGGUGGUGCGAUUCCGGGAAACCGGUCGCCUGAACACCGAGAUCCCGGUGCACCAGCCCCUGGAGCCGGAUGUGCGAUCGCGAGUUGAUGAGCUGCAAAUAGGAAACAUAACGUCUGUGGUGCGCUUCAUGGAGCAAGUGGGCACCCACUAUGUGAACUCGUACACCACCGGCAACUCGCUGUACCAGGUGUUCGUGUACAGCCGCAAGAACUACAGCAUGAUCAAGGAGCGGAUCAAGAGCAAGGGCCUCAACGGGCUGUCGAAACUGGACCUUUACAACUACUUUGCGCCCUGGUUUGCCGCCCAUCUCGGCCAGAUUCGAUCGGCCAGCGCCAAUGCCACCGUGGAGCGUUGGGCCAACAGGAAGCUGCAGUACGAGUACUAUGUGGUCAAGUACGUGACCCUGCUGAAGCUGCACGGCAAUAGCACGCUGCUGCGCUCGCUGGACUCGCUGCUGGGCAACGAUGCCAUCCUGCAGCUGGACCUCAAGUCGCUGAAGCCCAUCUUCCGGGAGCAGCCGGAGAAGGAGAGCUGGUACCACGAGGUGCUCGACAACAACAUGAAGCUCUGGGAGCUCAACAUGCCGCAGAGUCUCUCCAGCCGAUAGGACAGGCCGUGCCACAUCUCAAAGACCAUAUCUCCGAAGUGUGGCGUCCCAUUUGGAGUAUACUCAGUGCGAUAUUCUGGCAGCCAAGGAUCAAUCAAUAGUUCCUAGAUGCUUAGUUGUAGUUAGGACCUCUAGCGCGUAGUUAAUGUUCUGCCUGUGAUAGUUUUAGGUAGUUUAAUUGAACCAGAGUGUGCACAUCUGACUUGCAUUUCAGCUGACUAGCCCGUAAGACCGCCUUAUCGAUGUACUAGUUUUUUAUACCAUAAUAAUAAUAAUAAUUAAGAAAGUCGAA